AUGACAGCUGGCGGCAGAGGGAGGGUCAACAUAAUGAUGGAGGCACCGGAAAGAAGCCUCAGCUUCAACUUUUCAUCUGAGGAGCUGGACUCCUCUGUCCUCUCCUCCACCAUGUCCAUCGACAGGCUCUUCCCCGCUCUCCUGGAGUGCUUUGGGAUAAUUUUGUGCGGAUACAUCGCAGGGAGGGCAAACAUUAUCACCUCCACCCAGGCCAAAGGAUUGGGGAGUUUUGUUUCCAAGUUUGCUCUCCCAGCACUGCUGUUCAAGAACAUGGUGCUGCUGGACUUUGGUAAUGUCAUCUGGCCAUUUCUCUGGAGCAUCCUCAUCGCCAAAGUGUGCGUGUUCUUCCUCGUCUGCAUCCUCACAUUGAUAGUAGCCAGCCCCGUCAGUCGCUACAGUAAGGCUGGGCUCUUCUCAACUUUUGCUACCCAAAGCAAUGAUUUUGCUUUGGGUAGCACAUUUUAA